UGGCCCGCGCGCCGCCCGCUGCCGGAGGGCCCAAGCUCCCGGAAGCUUACCAGAAGCACUCGCGGCUAUGAUUGGCUCAAGGGUUGUAUGCUCCAGUUUCCUAGGUAAGGUACUGGACUAUCGGAGAGACGGUUUGCCAAGGUCGGUCAGUGGGAGGUGGGCGGGAAGGUGCCAUGGUGCUGGCGCUCUUGGUGCUGGCGCUCUGGUGCCAUUGUAGGCAGGUUGCUCCGUCUUGCUGUUGGCUCCUGCGACUGCGACUGCGACGGACAGUCCCCAUUUCGUUCUGCGCGUCCGCCCCCCCUUCGUUCUUUCCUCUCGCCCUCCCGCUCUCUCGCUACCUUACUCCCCUCUUCCCAAGCGCCCAACCUCGUCCUUGUUUUUUUCCGCGAGCCCCCUUUUCCCUUUCUCGCCUGCUUCGUCCUUGUCCAGACACUGCGCCCAAGGCUUGCGACAGUCCCGAGUCUGUAUCUGAAAGAUCCGAACGGCAGAGCGAGCACGUCAUCUCCCGUCGCUUUCUGAAGGCCCUGGUCGCAUUCGCGUUUCGCAUCGCAUCGCAGUCGCAAUCGGAGUCUCAGUCACAGGCGCAUUACAUCGCAUCGCAUCGCAGCGCAUACCCUUUCCCCCAAAACAAAACCCUCCACCAAUCUCUAAUCAUGCCCGUCGAGCUGCGCAAGCGCAAGGCCCGCGAGCCUCCCGCGCCCGCGCCUGUGACCAAGAAGGCCGCCCCUAAGGCUACCAAGGCCAAGGCAAAGGCAGCCAAGCCUGCUCCCGCCAAGAAGGUCGUGGAGGAGUCCAAAGAGGAUCUGACCGAGGAAGAGAAGGAAGAGCCCAAGAAGGAAGAGCCCAAGAAAGAGGAGCCCAAGAAGGCCGAAGCCAAGAAGGCCGCCAAGUCCGACAAGGUCGAGGUCGGCGACAUCAUCGACCUGGACACCUUUGGUGGAGAGAUCGAGACCAACGAUGGCGAGACAACCAGCUUGAAGAAGUUGGUUGACGAGAGCGAGGCUGGUGUCGUCCUCUUCACCUACCCCAAGGCCUCGACUCCCGGCUGCACCAAGCAGGUCUGCUUCUUCCGCGACUCCUACGAGCCGCUGACUGCCGGCGGCCUCGCCAUCUAUGGCCUGAGCAAAGACUCGCCCAAGGCCAACACCACUUUCAAGGAGAAGCAGAAGCUUCCCUACCCGCUGCUGUGCGACGCCAAGCAGACGCUGAUUACCGCCAUCGGACUGAAGAAGGCCCCCAACGGCACCACUCGCGGCGUCUUCGUUGUCAACAAGGAGGGCAAGGUGCUUGUUGCCGAGCCAGGUAGCCCGCAGGGCACUCUUGACAAGGUUGUCGCCCUCGUUGAGGAGCUUGGCAAGAAGUAAUGUGACUCGGUAUUGAAUCCGAGCUGGAUGGAUAUGGGAUGGAUGCAGAAUGAACGGGAUGGACGGGAUGGAUGUAGGUAAUGAAGUCGGGCUAGCAUCGAUUUGUAUAGGUUAUUCAAUGGUGUGUUUUCGUACUUUGAUAGCAGGUUCACGUAAGGACAAUAGACGGUGUUGGAUUUCCACAUGAUAGUCAAGUGGUCUUCCACAUGUGAUCAUACUCG